GACUCACUGUGUAGACAAUUGCGCAAGGAUAUUACCGACAAUACCUCUCUAGAUAAAAUCAGAAAAAUCCAAAACAAUUAUAGAAAAGGAGGGUUGUAUUACCAAAAAUAGAGUCUCUUCAAGGAAGCACGAGCGCACACCUGAGCGCAAUCCAUAGCCAUUUCAGGCCAUCUUUUUUCUCCAGUCUUCGUCUUCGUUUUCUUCCCCCCGUUUUCUUCCCCCUUUCAUGCUGCUGCUGCUUCUUCUUCUUCAGCUGAAAAUCAGAGUUCCGUUCAAUUUCAGCAGGAUUCCCUCGCACGCUGCCCUUAGGGUUUAUUGAAGAAGCCCCUUUGUCUCAAGUGAAGGAAAAGCGAAACGUUUCUUGCAAUGGAACAGGUCUAGCUGCUCUGCUGGCUACAGCUUGCGGCAUGUAGAAAAGAAGCAGAGAGAACGGUGAGGGAGGAAGCCGCGAGGAGAAGUCAGGGUUCAUAUUAAUUUAAAAUCCUUUUUUCUCUCCACGCUAAAUGGCGGCUGCAACGAAUCCCCAGCCGCUUCAGGCUCGUCCCUACGAGGAAACCGACGCCGAAUUACUGGUAGGGAUCGAAGAGGACGAAGAUGACGGAGGAGGAAUAGGAGUAGGAGGCGAUGACUACGAUGUUGUCGGCCCCAUGGACAUGGAUGAUGAUGACGGCGAUGACGUGGAAGAUGCGGGCGUGAAUUCGGCGGCCUUCAACGCGGCCGACCAUCAUCGUACUCCAGAAGGUGGGAGUGUUAUUGGUGGUGGUGGUGUGGCUAUGGCUUCCAGCAGGACCAGCGAGCUCACUCUGUCUUUUGAGGGCGAAGUCUAUGUUUUCCCUGCCGUUACUCCCGAAAAGGUGCAAGCAGUGCUGCUGCUAUUGGGAGGACGGGAUGCGCCAACAGGGGUGCCGACCUUUCAAGUACCAUUUGAUCAAGGCAACCGGGGUAUGGGUGAUCCUCCUAAGCGGUCUAACCUCUCGAGAAGGAUAGCUUCUCUUGUCAGAUUUCGAGAGAAGAGGAAGGAGCGAUGUUUCGACAAGAAAAUCAGAUACAGUGUACGAAAAGAGGUUGCACAGAGGAUGCAUCGCAAGAAUGGACAAUUUGCUUCCCUGAAAGAAAGUUCAGGUGCCUCAAAUUACGACUCUGCACAGAGUUCCCCUCACGAUGGCACUUCUCGGCAGGAAACAGUCAAUAGGAGAUGUCAACAUUGUGGUGUUGGUGAGAACAAUACUCCUGCGAUGCGUCGUGGACCAGCUGGGCCGAGGACAUUGUGUAAUGCAUGUGGCCUUAUGUGGGCUAAUAAGGGUACGCUGAGAGAUCUCAGUAAAGGUGGAAGGAGCGUAUCUGUAGAUCAAGUUGAACCUGGAACCCCAGCUGAUGUCAAGCCAGCUCUUGCUGAAGGAGAAUUAUCUGGAAAUCAAGUGGUUCAUAAUGUUGCUUCUGAGGUCAUUACUGGAGGGUCCACUUAUUCUAUUAAUCCAGAUCAAGAGGCUUCAGAAGAAACUGCAGCAGAUAUGACCAACCCGUUGCCAAAUAGAGUGGUCCAUUCUUCAGCAGACGAUGAUGAUGAUCAGGAGCCAUUCAUCGAACUUCCUAAUCCGUCAGAUACAGAACUGGACAUACCAUCAAAUUUCGAUUAGAAGAUGCCCAGGUUACUUUCGGCUGACUAGUAUUUGGAUAAAUCUGAGCAGUCAGGUCAGGCAGGCAAAAUGUACUGUAUUCCUAGUGGAGAAAUAGUUAGCAAACCCAGAGACGUUGUAGAUAACGAAGAUUAGGGGCCAUGGCCGUGACACCAGGUCUUCUAAAGCCCAUGUAUUUAUCCCUGCGAUCGAAGCAGAUUUGCUGCGCAAUGCUGGUUCUUUAUCGAUAUUGUUCGGAGGUUUAGCUGGAUGGCUGCCUGCUCCAUCUGUGUUAUGAUAGGUGUUGAGGACGAUUUUCCUCAGUGUGCCUUGUAUCAUUCUGUAUUUUUUUAUCAUAAUCGGUAGCUUUGUUCCAUAAGGUAUGGUUCUUGGCUUAUUUUUUGUUUUUUUUUAUAAUUGCUCAGUGGAAUAAAAUAAUACUGUGGUUAUUUGUGAAGCACAGUGCAAAAUCAUAAUACCCUAUUGUUUUCUGAUGGAAGCUCAAUAAGACGGGCAGUAUCUCAAUAGCUAUCGUCCCAUGUUAAGUAAUUGCUAGUCAAGUUGUGUAAUAUUUGUGCAAGUGCGAG